AUGCAGACUCCAGCGGGACUCGUGGUUCUGGUGCUCGCCGCCGUCGUAGUCAGCGUCCUGGCGGCUCCCGCCGAGGAGAAGGAUGCGCAGGUGCUGAAGUACGACAACGACCACAACGGCAUCGAUGGGUACAACUUCCAGUUUGACACCAGCAACGGCAUCCAGCGGCAGGAGCAGGCCCAGCUGAAGCAGUUCGACGCCGAGAACUCGGCCCUCGUCGUGCGAGGCUCGUACUCGUUCACGGCCGACGACGGCCAGGUCUACACCGUGAACUACGUAGCGGACGAGAACGGAUUCCAGCCGGAAGCUCCGCAUCUUCCGAAGUAA